AUGAUGCUCAGCAAGACUAUCUGCGCGCUGUGUGUGGCGGCUGCGGCGUUUUCUGGUAGCGCAGUGGACGCAUCGACGGAGGCGGCGGAGACAUUUGGCUGGCUGUUGCCGAAGAGCCAUGGCACAUACGGCGGCUACGGCGGUGCUGGUGCUGGUGCCGGUACAAAUGCUUACGGAGGCGCGUCCGCCGGGACGAGUGGAUACGGCGGGCUGUCUAUUCUCAAGGCCCUUGGUGGCCUCAAGGCAGGUGCUGGGCUCAAUGCUGGAGCUGGUGGCUACGGCGCUGCGGGCGCGAGUGGAAACGGCAAUGCUUACGCCAACGCAAACGCUGGAUUGAACGUCGACCAACGCCGGACUCAAUGCUGGUGCCGGACUCAACGCUGGUGCGGGUCUCAACGCUGGUGCCGGUCUUAA